CAGCGUGGCUAGAUUGCCGCCGGAAACUAUACAGGCUUCGACGUCGCUGGACGCUCUCCGCGAGAGCGUGGCCUUGCGUCGUGAGGCGCAACGGCGUAGCUUCCUUCGCUUAUUCGCAAGGCCGUCUCCCGUGGCUCGCCCGCUGACGUGUUGGGCGAUAGGUGUUUAUUUUAUUAAACCAGCCAGGGGAAACGGCUGACUGGGCACGUAGACUUGGGAACUUGAGCGGCCGCUCAGUACUUCGCUGAGAAAUCAUCAUGGCUUUCCACGCGAAGCUGGUGUCGUCAGCUCUCUUUGCACUUGCCAUCCUCGGCAUGAUCGAGGCGUCGUCAGAAGGCGCUUCGCAAAAGGAUUUACCAGAAUACUGUUCUAAAGGAGGUGAAAUUGACUGGAUGGCUGUGCUGGGCAAGGCCUUCGAACUUUACCAGAACUACGCGUCAAAGCAAGAAGCCUCGGCUGCGCGCUCGCCUUUAGAAGACCUUCUUGCGGCCGCAUUUUCGCAAAAAACAGACAGUGCAGUGCCACCGGCCAAAAGUGAAACCGCCGAAAACGCUAAUGGUGAAGGCAGUACAGGCACCAAUCAACCAGACGUCACGGCCGCUCUCCUGAGCUCGCUACUUUCGAACCUAGGCAAUGCCGAUGGCCCAUCGAAGAAGUCAGCUGAAGCCGAUCCAAUGGCUGGACUCAAGACAGUGCUCGAUGGACUUAAUGCGUUGAACGGCAAAGGUUCAUCUUCCGGAAGUACAGGGGCCGGAUCUAUCGACCUGUCUAAGCUUGCGCCCUUGGUCCUUCAGGGAUUACCGUCUCUCCUUGGGACUCAGGGUAGCGGGUCGCAGGCAAGCGUCCUAGCUCUGUUGGGCUCGCUUUUGGGCAACCAGCAGAGUGGGCAAGGUCUCGAGAAAAUAUUUUCUCAGGUACUAAAGAUGAUCUUUAAUCCGGAUAGGAAAGGGAAGGAUGGCAAUCUUGCCGAUGGUUUGGAGCCUGCCAUCUCGACUGUUAUCGAAUCUCUACUCAAGGCGGGCUUUAAAGAUGACGCUUCUGCCAAGGAUGCACCCAAAGAUACAGAAAAGUCAACGUUACGAACCGAACUAUAAGUUUAAUAAAUUAUUUUUU